AGAGAUACAGCCUUCUACGAUAUUCUAGGGGUCGCACCUACGGCUUCCCCGGCUCAGCUCAAGCAGGCCUACCACGCACUUGUCCGCUCGACCCACCCGGAUAAAGUCCCCGAAGAAGACCGUGAAGAGGCUUCCAUCCGGUUCCGCGAAGUCCAGGAAGCCUAUGACAUUCUGCGUGAACCGGAUUCUCGUGCGCAAUACGACGAGCUUGGGAAAGAUGGCUUUGCUGGCGGUGCGGGUGGUAUGCAUGGUGGAAUGGACAUGGAUGACUUGUUUGCGCAGAUGUUUGGUGGGGGCGGAAUGCCUGGCAUGGGUGGUAUGGGUGGACCACCAGGGAAACAUCCAUACAGACGACAACCCAAGAAACAGGAUGUCGAGCAUGACUACGAUGUCACGCUGGAAGAUCUCUUCAAGGGCAAGAGCACAAAGAUGAAGGGCACGCGCAAUAAAAUCUGCCCACACUGUCAUGGAUCAGGUUGCAGAACAAAUCACAAACCGAGCAAGUGUCCCUCGUGUGAUGGCAGAGGCAGUAAAACAGCAAGCAUGAUGGUCGGACCAGGCAUGUACUCGCAGCAACAAGUCGAAUGUCCCUCGUGUGCAGGAUCAGGUGAGACGAUCAGAGAUAAGGAUCAAUGCCGGAAAUGCAAAGGUACCAAAGUCGUUGAUGAGCUCAAAAUCAUGGAACUCUUCAUCGACCGUGGUAUGCGUGAUGGUGAACGCAUCACGCUCAAGGGACAAGCAGAUGAAGUGCCAGGUGCCGAAACGGGCGACGUCAUCAUCACCUUGCAAGAACAACAGCAUGCAGUCUUUGAACGUCUUGGAUCUGACCUCAAGGCAGAAAUGCAAGUAACCCUUGCUGAAGCACUGACUGGCAUGUCUCGUGUUGUCCUCGUACACCUUGAUGGACGGCAUCUCAAAUUCACCACUAAGCCAGGGCAAGUCUUGCGGCCGGGUCAAGUGCUUGUGGUCAAUGGCGAAGGUAUGCCACUUGGUAAGCGCAGGGAGGGCUUUGGCGACUUGUAUCUCACAGUUGACAUCACCUUCCCCAAGGAUGGAUUCAUGAAAUCUCCUGCUGAUCUCAAAUCACUCGCUUCAUUGCUCCCACAAGACCCAGUCAUUGUGCCUGGUACAAACAAGGCUGCUGCAUCCACUGAUCUCGAAGAGGACAUUGAUGCCGUCGACGGCAGUCUCGAUGAAUUUGGUGGCGAAGAAGCACAGCAGCAGUGGCAAGAUGAGGAG